AUGUCCCAGGUUUGUCCGUCCUCGUCACAUCAGCUGGUCGCAGCCGCUGUUGCUUUCCGGCGUGCACGUCGUAGGUUCCCAAAAAAUUAUGGUCUUUCUGGUAAUUCUGAGGAUGCGAUGAAACUCGACAAGGCUGAAAGUGUAACGGGGAACCAGGACCUGCACGAGCAAGAAAAUUUACCGUUUUCUUCAAGAAAAUACUCGAACUCGAGAUCAGGUCGUGCUGAGACUAAGGCGGUCUGGAGCGACGAGUACGGCGAAAGUGGCUCGAUCAAGGAAAACUUACUUCAGAAACCAAUAAUCUGCAGUUGCUGUCGUAAACGCAACGAGGCUGCAAAAGCUAACGAACCGGCGAACGUUUUUAAGACAGCGGAUCAGUGCAGCGCGGGGGAUACGCUUGACAUCGUUCCAAGCAAAGAAUACAAUGAGAUCUCGAAGAAAGGCGAUCCCUCGAAAUCAGAACAACCGGACAAUUCCGACGUAAGAAUGAUGAAAAGUUUCAUAACGGAGUCCAGAAAUUCUAGUCGUUGCCGCACUUCGUAUUCCCAUUCACGGAGACGAAGCCCAAAAGAUACUUCGGCCAAAUUGGAUUCCGUUAAUCUUCUAUACAGCGAAGGAUACGAUCGGGUAGAUAACAUUAAAGGCAGCAGCCCGUCCGAGAAACGGAAGUGCAACACGGAGGAACACGGUUGCGGCCGUCCUGGCUGCAAACCGGAUUGCCGAAACUCCCGGUCGAGGCUGAACAUUUUUGGAUCGCACACGGAUAACUCGCACGCCAACAUUCACCGGGCAUGCGAUUUUCAUUGCGUGAAACAUUCCAAUAUCGAUUUGCUGCGGUCGCGCCAGGAUUUUUGUCGUUACCUGAAUCGCAAUCAUUGCUGCCAUCAUAACUGUUGUUAUCAUUGCAACGGGGAAGAUCAUCGCAGUGUUUCGUCAAAAGAAAAACCACGGCUCGCCUCGGACACUUGCCUCUGUUCGUCGAAUUCCGUCAGUCAGAAAAGGUGCUCCAGCAAAGGCUACGUAACAUGCGAGUCGGUCUGCCAUCACGAUUGCCAUUUAAGGGAUUUAGAGAAGAUAUCCACUGUUCAGGAGCAGAAGGAUGAAGAGUGCGACGAUUGCGUGGGCACGAUCGAUCACAAGGAUUCCCUGUGUAUCUUGGCGGAGAAGUACAAGGGCACCAAGAAGUGCAGGCAGAAGAAGUAUUUAGGUGAAAACGAAUUCUCGGACGAUCGAGUGAAGGAUGAUUGCAACAAGUCAUUCACUUCCGAAAUCAGCUGUCAAAUGGACGAAAGCACGAACCUAAAGCAUCGAGAAAGAUAUUUCGCCAACGACAAGAAACCAUGCAGAGCCGGUUGCGUGCCGAUUUUCCGGGAGGGGGACUACAAUCAGUUAAAAAAUUUAAAGUCUCGUUUAAUGAAGACUGGAAUAUGCUGCUCUGCGAAAGGCACGCCAUGGAGACACACGUUUUAG